AGACCAAAAUGUUAGACGCCGGAAACAUCGAAGAACAUCUGGAGAUUUUUUAAAGACAAAAAAUGAAUAAUUAAUUAAUUCAACCAUUCAACGUCAAAAAUAGUACACUAAUCUUCGCAAUAGAAAAUUCGAAAACGGGACUCCCCAUUUUCAGCAGAAUUUAGAAAUGUAUAAAUGAAGCCCAAAGCAGAGAAGAAAAUUCAUCAGCUCAAUUCAAAGCAUAUUGUUUAAUUCAAUCACCAAAAAUUCCGCAGUUUAAUUUUGUUGAAAAGAAAGAAAAAAAUUCCGAAAAUGAAGGCGUGGUCUUACAAACAGUACGGCGGCCCGGAGGUGUUGAAGCUCGAGUCCGACGUGGCAGUGCCGGAGCUCAACGACGAUCAGGUCCUAAUUAAGGUUGUCGCGGCGGCGCUCAACCCCGUCGAUUACAAGAGGCGCGGCGGCGCUUUCGGCCCCUACGAUUCGCCUCUUCCCAUUAUUCCUGGAUUCGAUGCCGCCGGAGUUGUGGUGAAAGUUGGGAGCAAAGUGAAGAGUUUCAAGGAAGGAGACGAAGUUUAUGGAGACAUCAACGAUCCAUAUGCAGGGAUGAAGCAGUUGGGGACUCUAGCAGAGUUCACCAUUACUGAGGAGAGGUUAUUGGCUCUCAAGCCCAAGAACCUGAGCUUCGUGGAGGCUGCUUCUCUCCCUCUCGCCAUCGAGACGGCCUACGGCGGUCUCGAGAGCGUCAAAUUUUCGGAGGGAAAAUCGAUUCUCGUCAUCGGAGGAGCUGGUGGUGUCGGAUCCCUCGUCAUUCAGAUUGCAAAGCAAGUGUUUGGUGCUUCAAAGGUUGCUGCAACUGCCAGCACUGCAAAAUUGGAUCUUUUGAAGAGUUUGGGCGCAGAUUUGGCUAUUGAUUACACCAAACAGAACUUCGAGGAUUUGCCCGACAAAUACGACGUCGUUUAUGACACUAUUGGGCAAGUGGAUAAGGCCGUGAAGGUUCUAAAGGAAGGAGGCUCGGCCGUAGUCGUAGCAGUCGGAAUUCCCGUCGCGCCGCCGGCAUUCGCAUAUUCACUAAAUGCUAGUGGAGAAUAUUUGACAAAAUUGAAUCCAUAUUUGGAAAGCGGGAAGGUGAAGGCCGUGCUCGAUCCCAAAGGACCUUUCCCCUUCGAGAAGGUCGAGGAUGCUUUUGCACAUAUUGAGACAAACCAUGCUACCGGAAAGGUGGUCGUGCACCCCAUUCCUUAAGAAGCAUUGUUGCUUUGCUCCUAUCGGAUUGUCUACUUCACUUAUUAUGCCUUGUUUUCGAGUUCAAUAAAAAGGUUUAUGUUGUUUUGAUUGUAAUAAAUUAAUUGGAAUAUUGCGGUACUAGAAAUAAUAGUUUUCCUUUUCUCGAGUA